AAAUGAUCUUCUUCUUCGUCGAAGCUUAGAACCCUAAGCAAUGGUUUCUCUGCAAUUCCACCCUGCAAAUGCUAAACCCAUGUCGCUGUGUCCUUCGUUUCAAACCUUAAACCCUACAAAGACCCUAAAAUCCUACCCAAAACCCAGGCGUUCAGUCGCCAUUGCAUCCGCCCUGCAGUGGAAUAGGAAGCCGCAGCUGGCAGGGGAGACUCCGCGCGUUGUGGUGAUCACCUCCGGAAAAGGUGGAGUUGGAAAGACUACUACCACCGCAAAUGUGGGUCUCUCGCUGGCCCGCCUCGGGUUCUCGGUGGUGGCCAUUGACGCCGAUGUCGGGCUCCGCAACCUCGACCUUUUGCUCGGGUUGGAGAACAGGGUUAAUUAUACGGUGGUCGAGGUGCUUAAUGGUGAUUGCCGCCUGGACCAAGCCUUGGUCCGGGACAAGAGGUGGUCGAAUUUUGAGCUGCUUUGCAUUUCCAAGCCCAGAUCGAAACUCCCAAUUGGGUUUGGCGGGAAAGCACUGGUGUGGCUUGUCGACGCGUUGAAAUCCCGUGAAGAAGGGUCACCGGAUUUCAUCCUUAUAGAUUGUCCGGCAGGGAUUGAUGCCGGGUUUAUCACCGCCAUAACUCCCGCCAAUGAGGCUGUUUUAGUGACGACUCCGGAUAUAACUAGCUUGAGAGAUGCAGAUAGGGUGACGGGAUUGUUGGAAUGUGACGGCAUAAGGGACAUAAAGAUGAUUGUCAAUAGAGUGAGGACGGAUAUGAUUAAGGGUGAAGAUAUGAUGUCAGUGUUGGACGUGCAGGAGAUGCUGGGGCUGGCGUUGCUGGGGGUGAUUCCGGAGGACUCAGAGGUGAUAAGGAGCACCAAUAGAGGGUAUCCACUUGUGCUGAAUAAACCUCCAACACUUGCAGGGUUGGCAUUUGAGCAGGCAGCAUGGCGGCUUGUUGAGCAGGAUAGUAUGCAGGCUGUAAUGGUGGAGGAAGAGCCCAAGAAGCGUGGGUUUUUCUCCUUCUUUGGAGGGUAGAGCGGUAGAGGUGGGUGACAUUUUUGGUAGUAGAAGUAUAAUGGUCAUGGUUUCCGACAAAGAUAGUUGCUUAUGGCUGGUAGCAGUGUACAGUAAGUAAAGUUUUUUCUUUUCCAGUGAUUCUGCAUUUCUUUGUUAGACGGCUAGGUUUGUAGUGUUAUGCAAAGGGUUUUCUCUUUUGCUUUUUGUUGAGGUCAAUUGUCUUCUGUAGUUUGGUUGCAGAUUUGUUAUAAUGAGUUACUUGGUGAUUCAGAGUUUAAUGGUGUCUGUAUCACUGAAUUCAUUUGUGAAAUUGUUAUUAUUGGUUGAAUUUGGUGAAAGUUUAAGCUGCAUAUUCUGAGUUCCGACUUGUGAACUGUUGGAAUGUCAGAUAUUGGUGGUAGGUGCAAAGACACGAAGUUCGAUAAAAGGAAAAUAAAUGCUUUGUUUAUGGGGUGCAAGACCAUUAUUCUUUUAUCCUUAAAAGUUCAUUUCUGCUCUGAUAUUACUGAAAUUGAAACUGUUAUACAUAUCACAUAGCUAUAAUGAACAUCCUGCCUAAUUAGUCCCUCAGAGCUAAUGAGUUCGAGUGUUCGAUGAAAUUAACACCGUACGAGUAGCAGUUGUGUAGAGUAAAGCUGGAGUUUGCAUUUCAUAAGCUCUCCUGCAACUUAAUGAAGCAAUUUAGGUCCCACGGUAGUUUUAUCACACGAUAAUGGAAACAUUUGUAAUACUGUUUCCAAGUAAAAGCUUAGUAUUUCA